GAGGAGAAGGAGCAGCAGCAGCAGCAGGAAAAGAGAGAGUGGAGGUGUGUGACGUUGGAGCUCCAGCCCUAAUCCUCGGUGUGGCUUCUGCUGCCUCUGCUGCUUCCAUCUCCCAUCCCCGACGUAAGGCGCUUGCCUGCCUCCGUUGAUGCGUCUUCGUUGUCCUUUUGAAUCGCUAUCGCAAUCGUAAUCGCAAUUACAGGCGGCCGGGAAGUGGAGAGGAAGAGGAAGAGGACCCGGACGUGUCUGCGCAUAGGAACCCUCCCUCUAUUGCCAUGGCGGACCCCGAAGUGGUGCGCGCUGAGUAUAGGCGCAAGCUUUUGCAGCACAAAGAGCUCGAUGCAAGGCUGCGAAAUUUGCGUGAAAAUGUGAAGGCUGCGAGGAAAGAGUUUGACAAGACAGAAGAUGAUUUGAAGGCGUUGCAGAGCGUGGGUCAAAUCAUCGGAGAAGUGUUGAGGCAGCUGGAUUCUGAACGCUUAAUUGUGAAGGCGAGCAGUGGCCCACGGUAUGUGGUUGGAUGCCGCAACAAGGUGGAUAAAGAGAAGCUGGUGGCUGGUACUCGAGUUGCACUAGACAUGACCACCCUCACAAUCAUGCGAGCGCUUCCUCGAGAGGUUGACCCCGUAGUGUACAACAUGCUUCAUGAGGACCCCGGAAAUAUCAGCUAUUCAGCUGUUGGAGGACUAAGUGACCAAAUUCGAGAACUUCGUGAGUCGAUUGAGUUGCCGUUAAUGAAUCCUGAACUCUUUCUGCGAGUUGGCAUUAAACCUCCAAAGGGUGUGUUGUUAUAUGGGCCUCCUGGGACUGGUAAAACUCUUUUAGCACGAGCAAUUGCCAGCAACAUUGAUGCUAAUUUUCUGAAGGUGGUGUCUAGUGCGAUUGUGGAUAAGUAUAUAGGAGAAAGUGCGAGACUCAUUAGAGAGAUGUUUAGUUAUGCUCGCGACCAUCAACCGUGCAUAAUAUUUAUGGAUGAGAUUGAUGCAAUUGGAGGACGUAGGUUUAGCGAAGGUACAAGUGCAGAUCGAGAGAUUCAACGCACACUCAUGGAGUUAUUGAAUCAACUUGAUGGUUUUGAUCAGCUUGGAAAGGUAAAGAUGAUAAUGGCCACUAAUCGGCCUGAUGUUCUUGAUCCUGCUUUGCUCCGGCCUGGCCGUUUGGAUCGAAAAAUUGAAAUUCCACUGCCUAAUGAGCAAUCUCGCACAGAGAUUUUGAAAAUCCAUGCAUCUGGCAUUACUAAGCAUGGAGAGAUUGAUUAUGAGGCUAUUGUUAAACUUGCUGAGGGCUUCAACGGAGCUGAUCUUCGCAACGUGUGCACUGAAGCGGGCAUGUUUGCUAUCCGGGCUGAUCGGGACUAUGUUGUACAAGAAGACUUUAUGAAGGCUGUUCGAAAGCUUACAGAUGCAAAGAAGUUGGAAUCAAGUGCUCAUUAUAGCACAGAUUUUGGCAAGGAGUAGGAUGUUCAAAUCCUCUCGUCCCCAUUUGCCUUCAGAGAAGGACAACAUUUUUUUGAGCCCGAGUCUUCAAGAGAGCGUCUCAGGCAUACUUUAUGUUGAAUUAUGCUUUUCAUGUUGUAUUACUGGAAAAUAAAUCAUCCUAUGUAUAUACAAACGUUUGAUUUUUUUCAA